AUGCAAUUUGCUGCAACAUGGCUGGAUCUGGAAGAUAUUAUGUUGCGUGAACGGUGGGACAGAGAAGGUUGUGAUGUCAGAGAAAAGCAGCCAGUAGACUUGGGUCUCCUGGAGGAGGAUGACAAGUUCCAGGAAUUCCCCGCAGAAGACUGGGCUGGUUUAGAUGAAGACGAAGAUUCACAUGUCUGGGAGGAUAAUUGGGAUGAUGACAAUGUAGAAGAUGAUUUUUCCAAUCAGUUACGUGCUGAAUUAGAAAAACAUGGUUAUAAGGGGCUGAAGUGGUAG